AUGAUGUUCCCCGGCCUCCUCGCGCCCCCAGCCGGGUACCCCAGCCUCUUGCGCCCCACGCCCACCUUAACAUUGCCCCAGUCCCUGCAGUCGGCAUUUUCCGGCCACUCGAGCUUCCUGGUGGAGGAUCUGAUCCGCAUCAGCCGACCCCCCGCCUACCUGCCCCGCAGCGUGCCCACCGCCAGCAUGUCGCCCCCUAGGCAGGGGGCCCCUGCGGCUCUCACAGACACAGGGGCCUCGGACCUGGGCUCCCCGGGGCCAGGCAGCCGGCGGGGCGUCUCACCGCAGACGGCCGUCUCCCCUGCCAGCGAACCCACGUUUCUGAAGUUUGGAGUGAACGCCAUCCUUUCUUCGGCGCCCAGAACUGAAACGUCCCCCGCCUUGCUCCAGAGUGUCCCUCCCAAGACCUUCGCCUUUCCCUACUUUGAAGGCUCCUUCCAGCCUUUCAUCAGAUCUUCUUAUUUCCCAGCGUCCUCCAGCGUCGUGCCCAUCCCGGGGACCUUCUCCUGGCCACUGGCCGCCCGCGGCAAGCCUCGCAGGGGCAUGCUGCGUCGAGCCGUGUUCUCCGACGUGCAGCGCAAGGCGCUGGAGAAGAUGUUCCAGAAGCAGAAGUACAUCAGCAAGCCCGACCGCAAGAAGCUGGCGGCCAAGCUCGGCUUGAAAGACUCACAGGUGAAAAUCUGGUUCCAGAACCGACGCAUGAAGUGGCGGAACUCCAAGGAGCGCGAGCUCCUGUCUAGCGGGGGCUGCCGCGAGCAGACCCUUCCCACCAAACUCAAUCCGCACCCGGACCUCAGCGACGUGGGCCAGAAGGGUCCCGGGGACGACGACGAGGAGGAGGACGAGGGCCCGGGCAGCCUCCGCCAUCGCCUGGUCUAUCAUCACCCGUCCCCCGACCCUCGGCACCUGCGGGACCCGCGCCUCGAAGGGCCGCUGCCCCACUCGCCCGCGCACUCUGGCAGCCCCGACAAACCUUCGGACUUCUCCGACUCCGAGGAGGAUGAGGAGGGCGAGGAGGAGGAGAUCACCGUGUCUUAG